ACUAACCUAAAAUUCUAUGGGUUAACCUUAGAAAAUGUUAACAAGAAAUUUUUUAAAAUGCAAAGUUGUAUUAUUCUCACAAUGUCGAAAAAAAAGUUCCAGAAAUAUUUUAAAACUAAGAGAAAGAGGAAUGUUUCACGAUUUAUUUCCAGAUAACGCAGCGAAUUCUAUUGUUGAUCUGUGUAAUGCUUCACCCCAAUGCGUUUAUGGGGGAUUUGAUCCAACAGCAGAUAGCUUACAUGUUGGAAAUCUACUUAUAAUCAAUAAUUUGAUACAUUGGCAAAGGGGUGGCCAUCGAGUAAUAGCCUUGGUAGGUGGUGCAACAGCAAAAAUUGGGGAUCCAAGUGGACGAACAACGGACAGAGAUCCUUUGGCAACCAAAUUUGUAGAUGAUAAUGUAAAGGGUAUUUAUAGAAAUAUAAAAACAAUAUUUGACAAUCAUGAAAAACUUUUUUGGAACGAAAAUGAGGACAAGCUAGUUCCAGUGAAAAUCUUAAAUAAUGAAGAUUGGUAUAGUAAAACGUCAGUCGUUGACUUGAUAGGGGGUGCAGGAAGGCAUUUAAGAAUGGGAAACAUGCUUUCUCGAACAAGUGUUCAGACAAGACUGAAUUCACCUGUGGGAAUGAGCUUUACUGAAUUCAGUUACCAACUGUUUCAAGCAUAUGAUUGGUUACAUUUAUUAGAGAAUUUCAACUGUAAUUUUCAGGUUGGAGGUAGUGAUCAAAUGGGAAAUAUUAAGUCAGGCCAUGAACUGAUCAGUAAAGUAUCUCGCAAACCUGUAUAUGGUUUCACUUUACCAAUAAUAACUUCUGAAAUGGGUGAUAAAUUUGGAAAAUCUGCCGGAAAUGCUGUGUGGUUGUCUCCUGAGAAAACGUCACCAUUUACAUUUUAUCAAUUUUGGAUGAGACAGACUGAUGCAGAAGUAGAGAAAAUGCUUAAACUAUUCACUUUUCUAACACUUGGCGAAAUUAAGGACCUUAUGAGACAACAUAUGGAAAAACCUGAAAUGAGAAUACCUCAGAAGACUUUAGCAAAGCAGGUUACACUUUUGGUCCAUGGAAAAGAAGGAUUAAAUUCAGCGAAAACAACAACAAAAGCACUUUAUGAAGGUAGUGUUGCUGCAUUGGGAUCCCUUAAAGUAGAGCAAAUUGCAGAAAUAUUCCAGGGCUCUGCAAUAGUUCACAUAUUACCAGAACCAGGACAAACUAUUUUGGAUAUAGCAAUGAAAGCUCAAUGUUUUCCAAGAAUCGAGGACGCAGUUAGGAUAAUAUCAGCUGGAGGUUUUUCGAUUAAUCAUCAAAAAUCAAAAAAUCCGAAUGAAGUUCUAAACAAUGACAUACAUAGGUUACCCAAUAAUACCUCUUUGUUGAGGGUAGGAAAGAAGAAUUAUUAUAUUGUAAAAUGGGUUUGAAAUCAUAUAAAAUAAGAUAUUCAAA